AUGGAGCUCGACAAGGACAACGCCAACCCGACCAUCCUGAAUCCCUCGGAUCUGCCCUCCCGCCGCAGCGACGCGACGGCAAAGAGGCGCGAUGACGGCGGGACCGGCCUGUUCGACAACCUGAUACCGCGCUACAACUACCUCAGCGACCCCUUCGACGACAGCGUCUCAGCCGGCGAUUCAGACAGCGACGACGCACGUGAGGACAUUGACGAACAGGAAAUCUACGACCUCAUUUCCACCAUCUGCGACCCUGAACACCCGCUGUCCCUCGGCUCGCUGUCCGUCGUCAACCUGCCAGACAUCCACAUUCUGCCCCCCUCCUCACCGCUCUCGAGCAUCAGCACCGUCGUCGUCGAGAUCACGCCGACCAUCACCCACUGCUCGCUGGCCACCGUCAUCGGCCUGGGCGUGCGCGUCCGUCUCGAACAGGCACUACCUCCGCGCUUCCGCGUCGAUGUCCGCAUCAAGAAGGGCACCCACAGCACCGACGAGCAGGUCAACAAGCAGCUGGGCGACAAGGAGCGCGUCGCCGCUGCCCUCGAGAACGGCACCCUGAUGGGCGUGCUGAAGAAGAUGCUUUCGACUUGCGAGUAG